GUAGAGGCAUAUUUAAUAUGUAGCGUUACUUGAGGGAUAGUAUCAAUGUGGGAUAUGAGCUGUUAUACAAGUGUUACAAAAACUACCUUGUGGGACUUGAGACUGCUUAUGAUUUAAGAAAAUACGAAGAUGACGGAAAAUCGUUCUACAUCAGUCACUAAAAAUCCUCUGAUUUCAGCUAACGAUCUGAAGGAUGUACUCUUGAAGAAGUUCGCAAUAUUCACAGGGGGUCACGACAAAGAGUUUCGUUCUCUCAUAAUUUUUCAAGAUCUUGGUAUGGAUAAUCUGUGUGACGAUUCCUAUGAUCUUCUUAUGCAGUACUUUUCUUCAUUAUCAUCUAUGCUUACUUGUGUUCAAGAGUUUACUGUCAUAAUCGACAGACGCACUGGAAAUUGGACGGUUGUUAAGUCGGUUAUCACCAAACUGAAUGAGAAGUUUCCAGGGAACCUUCAUCAAAUUUUUGUUAUCAAACCUCAAGGUUUCAUGCAGAAUUUGUUCUUAGAGAAAACCAUUUGCUCAAUACGAAAUAGCUGCAAAAUACCAAUAUUGUUUGUUGACAGAACUGAUGAACUACUUCCUUUCAUUGACCAGCAGCAUCUGACAACUGAUUUAGGAGGUGAACUUUGCUUUGACAUUGAAGACUGGCUUUCCAAUAGGAUAGUCCGACAAAAUAUCUUGUAUUAUAUUACUCGAAAAGACUCCUGUGUUACGUCUACUCAACGUAUUGAGGAAUAUUUUGAAGAUGUGGAAAAUUUAUGCACUGAGUUGAAGAAUAUCUUGAAUCAGUAUUAUGAUAAAGAAGACUGUCAACAGGAAGAAAGAAGUCAUCAGCGGCAACAACAAAAACAACAACAACAACAUGAUUAUUCUUACAAUUCAUCGUCGGAUGUAUCUUCACUAUUAAAAACCUGUGAAUUGAAUCACUUCUACAGUUAUGAAAAAAUGCUGGAAUUUCGUAAACAACGUCAUCAUUGGCUACAUCGUGUUAGUGAUUGUGAGACUAAAGGUUUGAAAAUACGUGAAUGUUUAUUGUUGAGACAGUCUAAUAAUCAUAACAAUAGUAAUAAUAAUAAUACACAAGAAGAGAACGAUACAGAAGAUGCUACAGUUGAGUGUAAUGCAUCAUCAGCAUGGGCUAAUACAAAUGAUGCUUAUGAUUUACCAGUUGAUUAUGUUUUUCAUAUGAUCUCAUUUGAUCGUAUAUUCAUUCGACUAACAGAAGCUCGUGCUGAGUUACGACGUUAUUGGAGCGAAUAUAUUAAACGAGUUCGUAUUACAUCAUUUGUUAGUGAUAUUGAAAAACAGUAUUAUGAGUUAUCUGCACUUUCAAAUGCAUGGAAUAAUCUUAUCGAAUCUUUGGUUGAUUAUUUACCAGUUAAAAUGUCCAAUUCAUCCUCGUUAUCUCCACUACACCAUUCUAGUCAAUCAUCUUCAGAUAGUAAUAGUAGUAAUAAGGUGACUAAUACUUUAGGCUAUUCACCAUCACAUUGUAUCAUACAUUCUGCAUUAAAAGAUGACUGUGAUGAGGCGAAUUCAUCGUUGAGUAAAACUAUGUUAGAAGAUUUGGAGUCAUUAUCAUGUCGGAUACUAGAAGCAGAAACUACUGGUGGUCGCCUGCUGCCACGAUUGGAAGAGUUGGCUAAAAUUACAAAUACACUGGAAUCUUUUAUUGUGUGUAAACAAGAGAUAUCUGAUGGUAAUGAUCUGAAGCAUAAUCACGAAGCUUCAUUCCUCUGUGAUGUAAGCGGAUUGUUAAGUGCUGAUUUAAUACCAAAUAAUAUUUGCUCAGAGAUGCCGACAACACUGUCAAUAAAUACCAGUCAUCAAUACACUGAUCUCAAUCAUAAUUCUAGUUUAUCCUUAUGCUCAAGAGAGGAGGAGAUGAGUGAACCGGCAUCGUCUAACCCGGAUUCAUUUCAUGACACUGAUUACACAUUAAAUACAAAAUUUGAUGAAUGCAUGAAACAACGUUUUCCAUCAGUAAGAUUUCCUUCUACUAUCAAAGAAUGGUCUAUAUUAUUUAAAAGUAUGAUUGAAUUAGCUAGUACGGAUCUACCGAAAGCAGCUGAUCAAAUCAAUCGGUUAUUACAACUUUAUACAGAAAUUGAUAAUGCUGCAUCAUGGAUUAAAGAAGGACGUCAUUUAUUAGAGACAGUGACACCACCAGAGAAACUCACUGGCAUGGAUUUAGCAGAAUGUCGAACACAUAUGGAUGAAUUGGUUGCAUUUACUACUUCACGUCAAACAAGAUUAGAAUUACUUGGAAAUCCGAAAUUAUUUCAUACACGAUUAACUGGAUUGCUGGAUGCUGAUUUAAAGACUCAACUAAGUAAAUUAUUAAAACAAGUGGAGGAUUUAGCUCAAAAUUGUAAUCUUGCUAUUGCUUCAAUUCGUCAACACAUAUCACGUACAAGUUUUCCAAGAAAUCAUCCUAAUUCACAAUCUUUUGCCAGUAGUAAUAAUAGUACUAUAACUAGUCCUGAAAGAAAUUCACCUGUUCAAGAAGCUAAUGAAUCAGGUCGAUUAUCAUCAUCAUCAUCUUCAGAGGGACUUAACAAUAACAAGGUAAACAGUUCAGGUCAGUGUACAAACUCAGCCUCAUUAUGUCAGCUACCAAGACUGGGGUCAUCAAAUUCAUUAUCAACGCCAGCUAAACGAUAUCAAUUAGCCUGGAAAGAAUUGGUAGAUACAGAGAAAUCUUAUGUCAAUUUCUUACAGCAUGUGUACGAUGUGGUCUGGUUAAAUUCUGUGGAUAAUGAUGUCAAUUGUGAGUCAGGAUAUCGUUCUUAUCCCCAGCCAACAUUUAUGCGUGAUAAUCAAAAUCGUCUGCUUUGUAACUGGCCAGAGAUACUUCGUUUUCAUAAAGAUUCUUUACUGCCACAUUUGGAGGCGUGUGAUGGCAAUGCAGAGAAAAUCAAAGCUUGGGUAUUUCUUAUGGUCCCACGUCUUGUCGACUUAUAUACUGUUUAUUGUUCACUUCAUGAAUGUGCAGUUCAAUUGAGUGUUGCACUUGAAAAAGAUCGUGUUUACUCCCCUUGGAUAACAGCAUGCAAUGAAGAGAUAUAUCGUAGAGAAAUGUUGACAGCUAAAAUGAACAAUCAAGAUGCAAUACAAUCAUCGAAUGAAUUAACUCGGCCACUGUUAUUAUUCAGUUCUCGUCUUGUUACACCUGUACAACGUUUUCAACGUUAUCAUUUAUUGUUAGAUAGACUUGUGAAACAUGAAACAAAUGAAUGUGAUCGCGCUGAUCUACAAAUUGCACAUAAAACUGCUUCAGAGUUAUGCGAAACAGUGAAUGUUGCUAUGCAACUUCGGGGAUUAUCAGUUCGUCCAUCUGAAUUAGGCCAAUUUUUAUUGGAAGGUGAUUUCACAGUAUCACGUGAUGAUGUCCGAUUCAUGUCUAGUAAACAACGUCAUGUCUUUUUGUUUACUAAUGCUAUCCUACUAACUAAAUAUCGUACAUCAGCCAGUUCACCUAUACCAAUGUUAACUUAUUCAAAUUCAACAACUGCUCAUCUAUCAAAAGAUUAUUCUCUUGAUUCUUAUGAAAAGUCAACAUGCAAUGCUUAUAAUACACAGAAUCAAUCGAACAAUUCAACAGUGGGUGGUACAGCAUCAAAUUUAUUAGCAUUCACUAAGUCAUUUACCUCGAACAGUGGGAAUAAUAGUAAUAACAAUAGUAGCAUAAGUAAUAAUCUAGUGUCGAAUUCAACAGCAGUACACACUUCUGGUCCAUUUUAUGAAAUUAAACAAGAACUAGAGCUUUCUAAAAUUGGACUAACUCCACAUUUUCAUGGAGAUCGUCGACGAUUUGCCGUAUGGACAGCUAAGCGUGCAGUCACUUUUAUAUUUCAAUCCUCUGAUCCGUCCACUAGAGAUACAUGGGUUAAAGUUAUUAAUGAAUUAUUAAUGAUGCAAUUACUUCGUGAUCGAUAUAAAGUUCUUAAUAAUAGUAGUAGUAAUAAUAAUAAUAAUAGUAAUAAUCAAGUUAUACAAAGUACAAAAUUACAAUCUGUUGAACAGACACACUUCACUUCAGAUGCAUCAGAUCGUAGUAAAAGUCUGCCAGUUGGUGGAAAAUCCUUAUCACAAGAAAAUCGAUCGAAAAAAGGAUCCGUUGUAUCAUUACCAUCUGCAGUAGUUGAUCGAAAUUCAGAUAACUCCCAUCCAAAUCGAUAAAUAAAUAUCACUGACUACUAAUCUCUGUAAAAAUCUAUUUUUCAUAUGUUUCCUCCACUCAGCUGAUUCAUUCUCUCUUCUGUCUGUGUAUACAUCCGUCGUAUAUAUAUUUUUGCCAAUUAAUCUUACUUGUGAUCAUUCCUAUAGAUGUGAGAUAUUUUUGUUUUAUUUUCCUUUUUUUGUCUUUGGUGGCUUUGUCUUUUCUCCUCCUGUUCCUCUUCACUCCAUCUUUUCUUCAACUUCCGCGAAUACAUCUCAAGUUUGCAAGUGUUUCUUGAUUCCUUUUUUUAUCAUUGAAAUCAUUGUAGUGCGUACAGUUGUUUGUUUGUAUAUGCGUCAAUGUGUGUACUUGUGUGCCAUUUUUCCUAAUGAAUAAACACGACAUUCCGGUUGAAUUUCUUGAAUUUCUCGUCUUUCUUUUUUAUCUCCUAAUAACUGUUUUUUUUUGUAAAAUUCUGUUUGUUUUUACAUGCUGUCGAUAAACAUUUUUGAUUAAUUUUGUUUUCCUUUCAUUCCAAUAUAUUGAUUAUCAGUACUGUCUUGGUAUGAUUAUGAUUUUCAUUGUAUUUAAUAUUAUUAUUAUUAUUGUUGCCUAUGAAUAAUGAAGAGUAGUUACUACAGUGAGCUAAAGAUAAUCCUUUAAAAACAAAAUAAACAAACAAAUAAACAAUAGAUUUUUUCUAAGCCAUGAGUAUGCUUUUUAAAAAAAUAAUUUUUUUUCCUUAUUUGUCGUUGCCAAUAUCUCCUCUCCCACCUCCCACGUUGUUUUCCCCCUUAAUUCAGUUUCCUAUGUGAGUACGGUUGUUUAUUGUUUUUGAUUUUCGCUUUUUUUUCUUACGCUGAAUAUGAGCUUCAAGACGUUCGUUUUCCUACCAAUAAUAUUCUAUUUCAUUAUUAUUAUUAUUAUCAAAAGAGGAUUAUGCCUUUUUUCUCUACUGUGCUACUACUUUGUACAUUCUCACAUACAUUUUACUCAUUCCUCCUCUCUCACUAUAUACAUUUUGUGUUGUGCUUCAGAACUUCUUUCUAUAAACUAUCGUGCUGUUAUUACAAGCGGUGAUAUAUAUAUAUAUAUGUAUAGAUGUAUGUAUAAAUGUUGUACAUAUAUUGAUUAUAUAUGUAUAUUUGAUGUACAUGAGAUGUAUUCCCAAGUUGUUGUAGAUAUUAUGAUUUCACAGAGGAUGGCAAUACUCUCUCUCCUACCUUACCUAUAUAGGAUAGGUAGCUGAUUUUCUCCCUAAUUGAGAUUAUAAAUAUACAUUUCCAUUUUUUUUGCCAAUAAUAAAUUCCCUCUCUCCCUCUCUCUUAUGAAAGAACGAGUACACACAGCCUAUGUGGGGAAGAUGCAGUAGCAGCUGGGAAUUCCCUCUCUCCCUCUCCCUUUGUGGCGGGUGUAUGUAUGUUAUUCUUUUAUCUCCUGCUUCUUUAUUCAAUGUAACUAUCAAUAUAUCAGAAAUAAAUGUAUGCUCAAAUUGUGUAUUUCCUCCUCUCCCUCUUACUAUCAUUAUUAUUUCUAUUGAUUAUUGUUAUAAUUUCAUUUUUGCCUUUAUUUUUAUUUUGAUGAUAUGAUGAAUGUAGCUUUAUUUCAUUUGCUUUUUUUUCUCUCACCUUUACUUUUGUCAAUAAUGCUGCAUUAAUAAUAUUGUCAUUUUUUUUCUUAUUUUGCUUUCUAAAGUUUGUAAAUCAAUCAAUCAAUCACAUGUAUAGAGUAUAUCAUUUUCGAUUAUUGAUUUUUCUUUUUUAAAUUAUCAUUAUGAUUAUUAUUUGACUUGCUGAAGUGUAUUUCUCUCAUUUCCCGCCCCACCCCCUUGUUUUUUGUUUGUUUGGUUCCAUUUACCCGUGUUCUGGUUGUUUUUUUUAGAAAAUUUAAUUUCAGAUAUUAUAUAUUAUCAUAAACUUUGUUGGUUUUUUUGAAAAGAAAUCGAUAAAGUUGGUGAAAUGCUUCGGGUUAUUUUUUGUGUGUUUGUUACUUCUUUUUAUUUGUCCUUUUGUAUACACAAACAGGAUUAUGUAAUGAAUACACAUUCAUAUACUUAUAUGAAGAAUUAAAAUAUAUCAAUAUAGAUAUACAUUUUUUGUGCCAGG